CGUAUGCCAAGUAUGGCAACAACGUAAGUUCCUACAGCUUAUUCCUUGCGAGCAGAGCGACUGCGAACAACGGAGACCCCUGAUUCAGCAAGUGUCAACAAUGUCAACACCACCACCACCCGUCAUCGUCACCACCAAAAACACCAAAAUCCCCCUCUCCCCUUCCCUCUUCUCACCACCAAGCAAACCACCUCCCAAAACAACCCAUCACCAACUAACAACGCCCAUCCAAAAUGUAGCACACCGCCCUCCUAGCGCGUUGCUUCUCCACCACCCUCCGCCGCCCCGAAAUCAACAAACUCUACCCCUCCGCCUCCGCCGCCCUGGCCGACAUGAAACCCAACACCACCUUACUCUGCGGCGGCUUCGGCCUCUGCGGCGUUCCCGACACGCUUAUCGACGAAGUGAUCCACAAGCCCGAAAUCACCGGUCUGACCGCGGUCUCCAACAACGCCGGCACCGACGCCUCCGGGCUAGGCAAGCUUCUCAAGACGAAGCAAAUCCGCAAAAUGAUCGCCUCCUACAUCGGCGAGAACAAGACCUUCGAGCAGAUGUACCUGACAGGCGAAGUCGAGCUAGAACUGACACCCCAAGGUACGCUAGCCGAAAGAUGCGCGGCAGGCGGCAAGGGAAUUCCGGCUUUCUACACCCCCGCCGCCUUCGGCACGGUCGUGCAAACGGGCGAACUGCCCUUGAAAAACAAACCCGACGGCACCCCGGAUGUUUUUUCUUACCCAAAAGACGUCAAAGUCUUUGCCGGCAAAUCCUACCUGCUCGAACACGCCAUCGCGGGCGACUACGCCUUUGUAAAAGCCUACAAGGCCGACCGGCUGGGCAACUGCCAGUUCCGGCUGGCCGCGCACAACUUCAACGGGGCCAUGGGCCGCAACGCCAAGGUCACCAUUGUCGAGGCCGAACACAUUGUUGAACCGGGUGAGAUCCCGCCCGAGGCGGUGCAUUUGCCGGGCAUCUAUGUGCAAAGAGUAAUUCAGAGCACGGCGGAGAAGAAGAUCGAGAAGUUCACGUUUGCUAAAGAUCCCAAUGACCCGGAAGCCAAGAAGGCGUUGGGUAGCGGUGAGAUGGCGAAUAAGCGCGAGCGCAUCGUGCGCAGGGCGGCCAAGGAGUUUAAGAAUGGGAUGUAUGCCAACUUGGGCAUUGGCAUGCCGAUGCUGGCGCCCAAUUUCGUCGAGGAAGGGGUGGAAGUUCUUUUGCAGUCGGAGAACGGCAUCCUCGGUCUGGGCCCUUACCCGAAGAAGGGCGAGGAGGACGCGGAUCUGAUCAACGCCGGUAAGGAGACCGUCACGCUGGCCCCGGGAGCGGCGGUUUUUGGUUCGGAGGAGUCGUUUGGCAUGAUUCGUGCCGGACGCAUCAACUUGACGAUUCUGGGCGCGAUGCAGGUGUCGGCUAAUGGCGACCUGGCCAACUGGAUGUUGCCGGGCAAGGUCAAGGGUUUUGGCGGCGCCAUGGAUCUGGUGAGCAACCCGGAGAAGACCAAGGUGGUGGUGACGAUGGAGCAUACGGAUAAGAAGGGCAAUGCCAAGAUUGUCAAGCAGUGCGCGUUCCCGUUGACGGGCAAGGCUUGUGUGUCGAGGAUUAUUACCGAGUUGGGCGUCUUCGAUGUCGACUUUGGCAAGGGUCUUACUCUUAUUGAGAUUGCUGAUGGUGUCACUGUUGACGAGAUCAAGGCCAAGACUGAGGCUCCCUUCGUCGUUGCCGAUGAUCUUAAGCCCAUGCUUUAACGUGGUGAUGAGUGAAGAUUGUACGACCAGGAAUGUAGGGGAUACGGGACCAGAAGCUGUAUAUACUGUCUAAUUAGGUUUUGGAUGGCAUCAAAAUGUUUCUUGUUAUGCAUCGGGCCGUUGACGAUCACGGGAGUUGUGAGAGACGGAUCUGGCGAUUCCUUUCUUUGUGUUUCUUUUACAGCUGUGUGCAGUCCAACGCAGUUCAUUACUCAUAUUCUAUAUAUAU